ACGGCGUGAGAAGACCUAUUAAUUUGCGUCGAAAUGACUAACAAUUUAUCACAAAGUCAGGAUAUAUUUCCCUGGAAAUGCACAGAAUGAUAUUCAACUCUGAUUAGCUAGUGCGAUAAAGGUAAAAAUAUUAAUCAUGUCUGACAAACUGAGUCGUCAAGAUGCCCUCCGGAUUCUGCGCAAAACUGAUUUACCAGGAUCUACAUCUAGAGACGUAAAGUUUGCUUUGGCAACAAAAGCGGAAAGAUGGAAAAUGAUUCAAGGAAAGACAGAUGAAGAAGAUGUAAAAAUAGCUGCCAGCAUAGAAAUUCAGCGAGUAUGGAGAGGUCAUUUUACAAGAUGUAAGCUGUUUGGAAUUCUCCAUCCAAAUGCAAGUGUGAUGUCCACAGCCCUUGGUAGUAGAUUUGUGCAGAGUCCAUCAAGGCUAAGUGAUGUAAGGACCAUUACUCCUAUGGUUCCACAUACCACACCACAGCCAUUGAGACUCUUCAAGGAAUUCUCCAUUCGUCGUGGCCCGACCAGAGAUCUCGGAGAAAAUGCAACUGCCAAAGAUUUCUUUAAUGUAUUUAUCGACGAUGCUUACAUUGACGAAGACGUCCGAUACACCGUUGCGUACGCUCGUUCGAAAGGGGAUCGAUCGUUCACAUCUACCCAAGCGGAAAUUUCAGCGUAUCUCGGGCUAAACAUUCUCAUUGGAAUCCAUGAACUUCCUCAGCUGGCAAUGUACUGGGAUUCUGACGAAUGUAAGCUGUUUGGAAUUCUCCAUCCAAAUGCAAGUGUGAUGUCCACAGCCCUUGGUAGUAGAUUUGUGCAGAGUCCAUCAAGGCUAAGUGAUGUAAGGACCAUUACUCCUAUGGUUCCACAUACCACACCACAGCCAUUGAGACUCUUCAAGGGUAACCAAAUUCCUACCAAUGCCUUGCCAAUCACAAAGAAUAAAUAUAAGGAAUACUGUGAGAAAACAGUGGCACAACAAGGCCCAUUAUGUAGACUGAUGUCAUACACAGAAUUCUGUGCUACUCUCAUCCAAAGGUGGUGGCGUUUUAUAUUACUGAGACCAGUGUUUCCAAGACCACCCCCUCCUACCACAGAUGGAGGAUUAUCACCAACUGGAGCUGUCCAGCAACGGGCCAGUACAGCUGAUUCAGAAGUACCAGCAAGGAAAAAAGUUGUUGAUAGAGAAGAGGCAGCAAGGAUUAUCCAGAGAUCUUGGAGAAAGCACAUAGACAUCCAAGUAUACAGAUACUACAGAGAUCUGAUCAACUUCAAAUGUCGGGGAGACCCAUCUUCAAUGUUGAAAUGUAUUAACCCAAGAGAGGCCGAGCUUUUAGAUGCUGCAGCAGGGGUACACAUUAAGUUUAGGCUGGCAGGAGAAAAGUUCCCUCCUAACAUAUACUACAAGAUUUUUACUCACCACAACAUAGUUGACAUGUGCGCUAAUGCACCAAGGGAUUACACUAAAGCCUCAACUAAGAGACUUCCAGUGAAUUUUGUGCACAACAAAGGGCAAACAAUGGAGGAAGAUGAUAUGUCAGGCUGGUACCAGAGGUGGGAAAACAAUGGCUGGAGGCUUGUCUCCGACAGAGUGAUGAAAAGAGUUGAUCAGGAUCCAGUUGUUUAUGAGUCAACGCUAAAAAAACAAAGUUUUAGUCAUAACAAGGUUGCAAGGAAACAAGACCUUGAAAAGAAACGCAAACGGAAAAAAGUAGAAUGGAUGAAAAAGAUGUACAGAGAGGGAAUGUUGAAGACACAGGGUGGAAAUGACUUAGAGACUGAACAAGUUGUACAAUCAGUGGCUGAAGGAAUGCUAACAAUCACAGACAUGCGUGGGCAGGAUGCUGUGGAAGAUUGGGAAGUGGAUGAACUCCUGGAGUGGACCAACGGACUUAACUUUGACCAAUAUUUGUAUGACUGGAAAGAGAUUGCCACAAGUGCAGGCUCAGAAUAUUUAACAGAGCAAACCAAGUUCUUGCCAGAUGAUCCCUUCUCACUGACGCUACUCUCUAGAUGACAAAACAUUUCACUGUGGCUUUUUAUUUAUUGUGAAAGAUUAUGAGAUCGCGUUUGUGAUAGUAAAAAUUGUAUAUAGUUUGUAUUUCUGUAAUUAUAGUUCAUAAAAUGUAAGUAUUUAUGCGAGUGUGUAGUGUACAAUAGUGCAGAAUC